GCACAUGAUAAUCCAGGCUGAAUUCUACCAGCGGGAUGAGAGGCUGCAGCAGGAGGGCGGCGAGUUCAUGUUUGAUUUUGACGGGGACGAGAUGUUCCAUGUGGAUCUGCAGAAGACAGAGACCGUGUGGCGCCUGCCUGAGUUUGGGGAAUUCGCCACCUUCGAGGCACAGGGAGCGCUGCAGAACAUAGCUGCAGAGAAACAUAACUUGGAGAUCAUGAUGAAAAACUCCAACCGCUCACAGGCAACCACCGGUAACAACCCGGCCAUGGCACAGCCAGUGCCUUCACCCCUGGGGACCCUGCCAGGGCCGUUGCCCCCACACCCUGCGGCCCAGCCGGCCGCGAG